AUCCAAGGCUAAUAAGGGAUUGAAAUAGUCUCUGUGGUUACACAGUAUGGUACCCAACCCACUGCAUUUAAUCGCUAUAUCAGUCCUUGUCACCAUAUCAAGCUGCACCUAUCUUCUACGUCUCAAAGUUGAGGGUACAGUGGGGGAAGAAAAACAGCGUAUCUGCAACGAGGGAUACCAGCACUUUGAUGAGUUGGAAGCAGCUAUUGACACUGAGUACAGUUGCUCUUAUUUGGAAUACACGUGUAUGAACAUAGGACAAAGAAGUGAACUUUAUGUCCGAUGUGAAGCUGAAAGCGAGCCGGACAAGCAGUACGGUCCGAUAGACUUCAUCGGAAAUGCCACUACAAGUAAUGAAACAAGCGUUACAGUUCACUACAGACUAACUCUGACGGGCCGGGAGGAGGUGACCACCUCGGAGGUGGAAUGUCAGGGAAUAUUGAAGUGGAGCGGGGAGAUAUGUGGCUGCUACUUAAACGAUUUUACUGCGUCACUAAACGUCGAGUACGUGAACAGAUCUGCAAAUGAGCACGUCUCACCCUCAGAGGUUAUCACUUUGAGGUGUAUCAGUGACGUCACUGAUACGUUCUUUCCUGAUCACAGCAAGACAAAGGAUGUCACGUGUCAGACUGAAACAGAUCUUGCUAGUUACAGCUGCCAGACGGAAGAAAAGUUGAAGGAAUUCGACAACAAAGUUGCUCAUUUUGAGGGUACGCUCUCAAGCUACGUUAUUGUAGACGAGCCGUUUGCCGAAGAGUUGACAGAACUAGCUCUAUGCUUCUGGCUGAGGACUAAGGAUGCCGUCGGGUCUAUUUUCAGUAUGGCUAAUGAAGAUCAUUGGAACGCUCUCAGAUUCGAUACACACACGAGUCACAUUCACUUCACAAUGGCUGGACUCCACACCGACCAUGGACUUGUCCCAAAGAUCGCUCUAAAGGACGACAGUUGGAGAUUCUUCUGUGCCAACUGGAACAGUGAGACAGGAGAAGCCAAGGUCAUCCUAAGAAAGAAAGGAGACGAACAACAUGAAGUUUUUACCGAGAUUUUGCCGCUAUCGAAAGGUUUAAAGGUUAGAGCAACAGGGGGGAAGCUGGCACUCGGUAACUUGUGGAAGGAAGACGUGGUUGAGAUGGGCUUCAACGACAUCGGAUCACUAGAGGGAGAUGUAAUGGGGCUAACACUAUUCAAUGAAAACGUCGACGAAGUGACCUUCAACAAAAUGUAUAACGGAUGCUCAACUGUAUUAGAUCAAUCGAAAGUUGUUCUUUCCUGGAAAGAUUUAUUGGAUCCUAAGAAAAGCGACCUCAAAGUCUCAGCAACAUUUGGACAGCAAGUCUGCAGCGAGGGCUACACUUACGGUGGGACGUCCCUGGAGUUCUCAUACAACGAGGAUCUCAACCUUAGUAACCAAGUCCAGAAUUACGCAAAAAUCGAAAACGCUUUCAGUAUUGAUCUGUCAGAAUUUACGAUGUGUGCAAUCAUCAAAUCAGACGUGAAAAUCGGAACGAUAUUUUCUUACGUGACAACAGUGGAUGGGUUCAAAGAAGAGAUCGUCCUUGAGAAACAUAAGACACACAUGCAUUUCUACAUGGCUGGGAUCGACCAACAAGUUGGAGCAGUUCCCUCCAUCGCUAUAGCAACGGACAGGUGGUACACCACCUGCUUCACGUGGGACAAUACGGGACGCUGGAGGGGGUACCGGGACGGACAGGAGGUCACCAACAACCAGACAGGGCUGCUGACUCUAACGAAGGGGAAGACAAUAUCUGGUGGUGGAACGGUCUAUUUGGGGAUCAUGAAGAGCUUCAACUCGUUCCGAGGAUACCGGGGAUUCGGGGGUGAUAUCACCGAACUUAAUCUCUGGGGAAAAGCACUCACAGCACAACAGAUCAAAAGCAUGGUCGAUAGGAACGAAGUUCAUGAGGACGAUCUUCUGGUUAAUUGGGGGACUAUCCUAGAGAACAAGCGAGGAGACAUAACAGUGCAAUCAAUUGAGAUCUGUCCAGCGCCACCCCUGGUCGACUCCGGGACGUUUACCAAGACAGAGGGUCAGAUCAAUUCUACACUGUACGAGGCUGGAGACAAGAUAACUUACAAUUGUGUGGGAGCUACCGUUCUCUCUGUGGAUAGUAACGCUACUAAAACAUGCACCCCUCAGAACAAGUUGCAAGAGUGGGAGCCGGCGGGCGAAGUAGUAUGUCAAGCGUGUGUUGAACAUGACAUGUUUGAGUGCCCGGAGAAGUGCAUUAACACGGAACUGGUUUGUGAUGGUAACGAGGACUGUGCGGACGGACUCGAUGAGGAAAAGUGUCCGGGGACAAACACACAUUGGAUUGUGAUUGGGAUCCUUGCAGCUAUCAUUGUGUUCGUGCUCCCCGCUGCUUGUUUCCUCAAGAAAGCUAAAGCUACACGCGCUGAAAUGCUCAGAGUUAAGCGUCUUACUGAUGAUUGGGAGGUAAAGAGGGAGCAUCUGGAACUGCAAGACAAGUUGGGCGAGGGAGCUUUCGGAAUGGUGUUCAAGGGAAGUCUUCUGACUAAACCUAAAUACGAUUCCUCAAUUGUUGUGGCUGUAAAGGAACUUUCCAAUGUAGCUACUGAACGGGACGGAAUAAUGUUCCUGGAAGAAAUAAGGCUGAGCAAGAAGCUAGGAAACCACCCCAAUAUUGUUGGAAUCGUUGGCUCUAUUGUCGUGUAUCAGCCGUACUGCCUGAUUUUGGAGUAUGUGGAUGGGGGUGACCUGAUGAACUUCCUGCAGAAGAAUAAAGAGAAAAACCAGGCUUGCAUUUCUCAAGAGGAUCAAGUCUUCUUCGCAUGGCAGAUCUCUAAUGGCAUGGAGUAUGUUAGCAAGAAAAACUUCGUUCACCGGGACUUGGCAGCUCGUAACAUCCUGAUCAGCACGAACAAACAGUGCAAAGUAACCGACUUCGGGCUGGCACGAGACCUUUAUAAUUACGACGAAUACCAAAGCGAGGGUGGUCGACUCCCGAUAAAGUGGAUGAGCCCUGAAGCCAUAUUCGAGCUCAAGUUCACCACAGAGAGUGAUGUGUGGUCGUUUGGUGUGCUCAUGUACGAGCUUUUCUCAUGGGGUGGGAGCCCGUAUCCGGGUAUAGACCCUUCUCUUCUUAGGGAUAGACUUGUUAACGGGUUCCGGAUGUCAGCUCCUAAUGGUACCCCUGACUUCAUUUACUCCAUUAUGCUUCAGUGUUGGGAGUUCAAGUCAGCGGAUAGGCCGAGCUUCACUGAAAUCAAAAGUUUCAUAGAAGGACAAAUCAAUCACUACCAAGCUUUCCUGGAUUUCAAGGAGAAAACAGCAUCGGAGUACGUACCCGUAGACAACGAAACUAUAUUGCAGAUAGAAGAUCCUGCUGAUAGCCCCUCCGUCGCUCAAGUGGUAGAAAUUACCCCCGAUCCACCGGGUCCAAGCAACGGGGGAGAGGUGCCGGGACUCCAGUACAAAAACGUGGCUUUCAAAGGGGACAGUGUGGUCUUCAAGAACGACUACAAGGAACACAAAUCACCCGCAGAGUUAAAGCCAUGUCUCCAGCCGGAGGAUACGAUAGUUGGUGAUCCUCUGGGUACCGAGUACGCUCAAGUGGAGAUGGUGAGACCUAAUUCUGAGGCUCCAGCAGAGAUUCAACCGGUCAACGUCGGAUUUGUUGACGAGAGAGGCAUGGCAGAGAUCACCAGGUCAGACUACAUGAACACUUGAGAGCUGGCUAGUUGGAGAUAAGUCAGAAGUUUGGAUGCUAAUUAUAUGCUGCAAUGUUCGGUUUGGUUAGUGAGCUCAGUAAGGAGCUGUGAACAAUCCUUCUAAAAACAGACUGUUAGUGUUUUAUAUAAAUCAAGAUGUCUUUUGAAUUAUAAGCAAGCGUUUCUGAAAAUUUUUUGAUAAUUGAAUAAUUGAUUAUUUUUGUUAAUAAAAACGGAACAUUUAAAGAUUUUAUUGAUUUAAUUUGAAAUUGCAGAUGAGUAUUUUGAAGAAUUCAUAUUUUAAAGUUACAAUGAUUGUUUGCUGACUGUUUUUUCUUAUGAACAUAUUGAAUUGAGAAUUUGUAAAUAUGACUGUAAUAUGUAUUUUUGAUUUCGAUAACUUUUCAAUUUUUAAC